UCUUUUUCCUUUUUGCUUUUCCUGUUGAGGGAUCGUUAUUUCAUCAGGUGAGGGGACUGUGCUCGACUCAACUUUUGAACCGACCCAACAUUCGAACUGGACCUCCCUCGCUUCACGUGGCGUACCUUUGAGUAGCCCGUAGAAUCGGGUAUACAUGAUCACCAUCUAUGAUGGUCCUAACACACUUCACUACAGACAGGUACCAGAUACUUUCUUUUCUCAUAGUCACAUGGAAUUCAACAACGUGGAUCAUACCUCUGUACAAGUUACAAGUUACCUUUCAAUGCUCAAUCACCGCUGCUGACAGCUCGCCUGCUAUUCAGCCAAAACCCCAAGAUGUGAGAUCUAGAUUACCCUUUCCGAUACUAGCGCCACAAUAGACGAACCAAUCACCGCCACCACCAGCAUUGUGAUGGUCCUACACGUACGAGCCGGAAGGCAGACACACCACAAAACGGGCGCUUACAAUAUUACACGCCUUCUCCUCGUGGUCCUCGUAUUCCCAUCGUUCAAUCAAUCAAUCAAUCGAUCCGCACGAGUAAAUAAGUAGCCAAGUGUCCACAUUCCACAUUCGCACACAAUCUCCAAAUGACGGAAUCCUUCCCUCGCCUAGCUAACCUCUGUACCCUAUCUUACCUACCUGUCCCAGUAUCCGGACGAGCGUCCCUUGUAUUCCAACAAAAAAAAACCCCCCCGUCUCAUCCCCUACUCAACUCCACUCGACUCGCUCCAAAUUUGGAUGACUCUGCAGGAUGGGAAACGAGACUAGCGAAUCGGCCGGCCUGUCACUCAUGCUCAGUCACCAACGCGCCUACGCCGUGCUGUUGGUUGGAGGGCCCAAGGCUCUGGAAUCACGUCGCCAUUUGCAUAUUUCCCCCUCUUCCCUUCCAUGACUAG